AUGGGAGCGGGAGGCUGGACCCGUGACCCGCGGACAGAAUCCGACCUGCUGAGCCCUGGGGGCUGCCAGACCUCACGCACGACCGGGGACAGCGAUCAGCAAAGGGCCGAAGGUGCUUCCCGGGACAGCGGCACGCGUGGGGAGGAGGGUGAGGAUGAGGAAGGCGGCCCCGCAACCGAAGCCGUGCUGCGGCGGCUGCGAGAGGCGCGGGAUGAUCUGCUGAGCUCCGGCUUCUGGGCGGAGAGCGCCGGAGCCCUGCGAGCCCCGCUGAGCGGUCCCGCCGAGCCGCCCGCCCGCUGCGUGUGCUACGGGCUGGGCCGGUUCGGGCGCUGCCCCGCCGCACGGUACCAGCUCGCCUUCCUGCUGCUGCUGCUGGACGAGCUGCGGGUGCCGCCCGCCCGCUGCGCGCUGUUCGACCCGGCCUUCUCGGAGCGGGAGGCGGCGGCGCUGCGAGCGCUGGGGCUGUGCCUGCUCGCGGAGAAUGAGGAGGGGAAGCACGGCGUGGAGGGCUCGGCCACGCUGUUCUACAUGGUGCACUGCGGGAAGGCUCUGUACAACAACCUGCUGUGGAGCAACUGGAGCCCAGCGGCGCUCUCCAAGCUGGUCAUCAUCGGGAACAGCUUCCGAGGAAUCGAGGAGAGAUUGCUGUCCAGAAUCUUGGAGAGAGAUUAUUCUUACAUAGCAAAGGUCUUGAAAGGAGUAGAGGAAGUGGCACUCCCCAGUCACCCUCGGUACCUGGACACCUUCAAUGACACCUCAGUGCACUGGUUUCCCUUGGAUAAACUGCAGGAGCUCUCCCCUGAGGUCUGGGACUUCGUGGAGGAGCCAAUGUACCAGGACUGUGAGGACCUGGAGAUCAUCAGGAAGGGGGAGGGACCUGCUGCCAAGUCCUGACCAUCCGUGUGGUGGCAGGGCUGGGAUCCACAUCUCUUCCCAUGGAAGCUUCUGUGCAGCUGAGAUGGAGCUCAGGUAGCAUCAGGCUCUGUCAAAAGUGACAGCACCUGAAUGCUGAGGUGAUGGGACAUUUUUGUAUCUUAUUUAAUAAAAAAGUAAAGCUGA